AUGCACAAAUCUAACAAAGCUAGGCGCCCAAAGCGCAAAGACGGCAGCAAGGACGUUGCGUCCACCGCUGCCGACUCUUGGAGCCAAUCUGCGGAAGCAGAGCUCCGCAACGACGACGCGACCGAAUGCGCCGCAAUUCCAUACGAGCUCGUCGAGUUCAAGCUACGAGCCGCUAGCAAGGUCGUUCUACUCUACGGAAGGACAGGAAAAUGGGCUGCUUUGGCGCGAAAAGCUGAACUCGUCGAUGACCGCACACUAAGGAACAUCCUAAGCCUCAAACUGCCGAAGUAUGAGCACAGAGGGCUAGAAAUGGCCUGCCUAAUGCUUAAAGUGGUAAAGGAACGGACGACAAGGGAGGAGUAUGGCAACUAUGCGGACGACGACACCGUUAGUGAUGUCUCCGUGGAGACGUUCGCCGCGAUAGAGCCUGAAGAGAUGAUGUACCAACAAUGGCGCCCAGGAGUGGCAGAAAUAGUGGCUCUGUGUGCUAUAUGGGCCAUAGAAGUCGCCAGAGGAUCUAACCUGGCAAUUAUGGCAUACCGCGUGCUGAUCCUCAUGAGCAACUUCCACUGCAACAAAUACAUCAGGCGCUAUGUUGCCACAUUAUUUGACGACGACACGCCUGUGAUUGAUAUCGAGCUAAUGCACAAACUUACCCUGCUGCAACAUGUGUGCAUGACGCCAGACAGCAACCUGGACAAGGAUAAACUGCUGCGGAUAUGUUUUGCCACAGCCAAACGAGAUGAUAGCAAUAUCUACGUGGACGACGUGGUGACCCGCAUACUCUCCCAAAUCUGGAGCACGCAUAAGUGCCGCUUAGAGGAUCUGCCCUCGAGAUGCAGAUACAGGCUCAUGGGCCAGCUGCUGUAUAGAGGAUUGGAACAAGAGAAGAUAGCACCGGCCUUGGUAAAGGCCGCCGUAAGCGGCCCCUACCACGAGAGGAAGCUUGCAUUAGCAGCGUUGAAGGAAACUUACGAUAAGGUGGAUACGAACAUUGUCACAGAAGCGGCAAAUGAGGUGCUGCAAACGCCUGACUCGGUCGACUUAGGUAUACUUGGUCUUGCCGCUGUCUUCCUUGAAGACCAAAGGGCAGCCUUCAGUUACCUGCAGGAGCUCUGCAAACAAAUUGCCAAUAAAGUUGGCAUGGCCGAUGGUUCGAUUGAGGAAAUGUGCGCCGAUGCCAAAAAUUCCGUUAUCCAUCUCGUCACUGAUGGCGGUGCCAUACCGGAAGCGACGCGAAGACACGUGCGGAAAACGGGAAAACACUUUUUCACAGUUAGAGACCUGUUAAAUGCUAUCUCCGCUACGUUUUCAAGGAUAUGGAUGAUUGUGACAGAGAAGUCCGCGAAGGAAAAAAUUCCGCAAGAGUCACCUAUGGGAACCACAGUAGACACUAUUGCACUCAUUGCAAUAUGUCUGGCAACCUUACGGCAGGAGCUAGUGCCAUAUGUUAUGGACAUGAUCGAUAUGGUGAUGCAUCUUACAGGCACCCCAAAGAAGACUCUGAGGUUCUGCACGCGUACGCUAAAACGCUGUAAAAAGCCUGGGGAAUUCUGGGACAAACUGACUGUAGUGACGUCCCAACUGGUACGCACUAUGAUGCAGCCAGUGAUCGUGGAAGCGUAUACGCCAAUUAUGGAGGAAAGGUGUGUGUUGGCGCCAUUUGUGAAGGAAAUCGCAGAUGCGAUGCAUGCGGUUGUGGACACCGCCGGCCAGUCGUUGGUGAGGUACAGCUGCGCUACGAGCGUUAGUGAAACUGUGGCGCAGUUGGCAGCGUAUUUGAGUGUGAUAACGCCGAGCCAAUAUUCAGCGAAGGUGGCAAGGCGCAUUUGUAACACAUUAGAGACGGUUCUAGAGCACCUUCUGCAACCGAUACGACGAAAAAAAGGAGACGAAAACCGUGCCGAUCGGGUGGAAUUAGAAGAUAUCUUGCAUUAUCGUGGAGAUGCGUUUGAGUACAUCGCACAGGGGUUCGAGACGAUCUGCUGUGUUACAGUACCUAAGUUGGAAAUGAUAGGGAUGAUGCUGAGCCUGGUAUGGCACCCAGACAUCGCAAAAAGAGUCUUCAGAGGUUUUGAGACACUGGUUCUCACUAUGCCAAUCGGAGCGGAUGUUAGGAAGGGUCUUCUUAUGUAUUGCUUCAGGAGGGAGGUACACACUGACUGGGACGUCGAGACACUGGAUACACUCCACGCCUUCAUAUUUGGAUUGUUUGCAAUAAGUAUACGGAAUAAUAAACGGAAAAAUGCUUUACAGGACAAACUUAAAGUGACGUGCCGGAACGGAAUUAACUGGAAGGCUAGGAGAAAGCUUGCCGGCCCGUGGAGGCACGGCGUGGUUAGACUCGAUCGGGGCAAUAACAUUGCAUACUUCCUGGAGAAGUUCAUGAAGCUGGUGGAGGUGGAGGCUAAAAACACCCCGGUGGCGAUUCGGCAGCCCAUCCGAUUGCUGGACGAGAACUUGGGAAUGAUCGCCACGCGACCCGUCUCCCGCGAGAGUCUUGCCGCUGUGCCAUGGGUUGGCGUGUCGAGGAUCACGACGCUCAUCGAGGAGGUGCACCGCCGAGGACCCAACGAUGCCAAGACAUGGUCCCAACUACUCAAGAGAUUCGAUGUCAUUCUUAACUCCUUCGGACACAAGCACCUUGCCAGGGUGCUUGUUACCCUGGCGAAGGUGGGGAACUGCCCGGACGACCUGCUGCGUAAAAUCCGCAACCAGGCCUUGUCACAGUUGCAGCAGUGUGAUCUCCUGUCGUGUUGUGGUAUACUCUACGGCAUGAAAAGGCUAGGGGCAUGUGAUACUGAACUUCUGCAGAGAUUUAGGAAGCAAGUUGUGGACACCGUUUCCACGGCGCAGGCCCCGUAUCCUGUGGUCAUGCUGAUCCAUACCUUCGCCGACAGUGGUGACAAGGACACAACCCUGGUACUGCUCAAGGAGGUUGUGAAACGUGCUGACCAACUCAGCCCCAAAGCUUUGGCAAUGGUUUUGGUUGCAGCUACUGCAAAUUAUGGGCAAUGCAAGGAAGUGGAGGCGGCCAUGCUGCAGCUGCUACUUACUGCCGCCGGACGCAUGGGCGAAAUGGAUCUCAGGUCGCUCACGCAGCUCUACUCCAGCAUCGCAAAAAGCGGAUUUGCAAUCCGCGAACAUAUUCUGGACGCAAUUGCCGACGAGAUCGUGCCACACGUCGAGCGUCUCACGCCGCAACAGGCAGUGCUGGUUUUGAGCGGCGCUGCUCGAGCCAAACACGCCCAUCCACAACUAGCGGCAGCUGUGGUAAACGCCCUGGAAAGGAAAACUAUAGAUUCCGAUCCACAACUCAUGGUUUUCCUCCUCUCUGCCAUUGUUAAAUUGAACCUCCAGCACUCCUCUCUGGCAACGCAGCUACAGAGAGCGCUCGGCAAAACCGAGCUACGACCUACGGAGUUUGCAAACUUGGUUUAUCUCGUCGGGAAGUGGCGUCUCCCACAGCCGAGCAUGAAGUGGCUAUCGAGUCAGCUCGAUAGGCUCCUCCAAUCCUCGCAAGACAUGAUCUCUUUACGUGACGCCGCCCUUAUCGCGUACGGUUUUGCAGCAUCUGGUGAGAUGGAUGGUCUUGCGAAGGCAGUGGGCAUCGCCGAAGACAUAGCGGUGCAGUCUCAGGAGCAACACGACCAGCGCACUUUGGCGAUGAUCAACCACGCCGCGCAAAAAUUGCGCCUUCAAUUCCCUGACCUUUCGACGAACUCGCGUUCGCCAGAGUAG